AUGAAGGUCUUUUCCUCGACAUGCACCUUCGACUAUUCGUGGGACGAGGUGUCGACGGCGAACUGGCGAAAGUAUUGUCCAUGGAAUGACAAGGCGACGCAUGUCGUGGGAGUCGACACCAUUUCCCGCACGGUUGACCCCAAAACUGGCAUCUUGCGGACCGAGCGUCUCAUCACUUGCGACCAGUCGGUACCACAGUGGGUUCUCUCGCUAUUUGGUGGAAGUGCUACGUCUCACGUUUAUGAAAUUUCCUACGUCGACCCUAUGGCGAAGAAAGUCACCAUGUGCUCCAGCAAUCUCACAUGGUCGAACGUGCUCAAUGUCCGCGAAACUGUUGUGUACCAGCCCUCUUCGGUGUUGUCUGCCGCGACCGAAUUUUCCCAGGAAGCGAAGAUUACCGCCUUGUGCGGCGGGUGGCAAAAGAUCAAAAAUAAGGUUGAGGAGGCAAGCGUGGAGAGAUUCCGAGAAAAUGCCAAGCGUGGCCGCGAAGGGUUCGAAACCGUCCUCGAGAUGAGCCGCCGAGUGUUUGGGGAGCAGCGUGCUCUCGAGAACCAACGGCUGCAGGCAUAA